UCCAAAUCUAAGGCAAAAUCGUAACGUCACACCUAAAACUUCAACUCAUCUACUCAUCUCUUUCAAUUCAUCAAGUAAAUAUGCCUCGUCAAGGAAGAUCCGGAAGGGGAAGCGCCCCAUCUCGUCCAACAGUCUCCGCCCCCAGCAGACCACCUACCGUUCAGCAAACCCGACCAGCAACUACUGCUGCAUACCCGCCAAGGCCAGCUUCUGGUGCAGCUCCCCCAGCAGCUCCUCAAGCACAAGCAAGCGCUCCACAAACCCAGAGCUCUUCUAGUCCAGGUUUAAUCGGACAGGUGGCUAGCACUGCAGCGUGAGUUCCCAUCCCGCAGAUGUAUUUCUCAAGGUGAAUACUAAUCGCAAUAUAUAGAGGUGUCGCCAUCGGAUCCUCAUUAGGCCAUGCCAUUACAGGUUUCUUCGGCGGUGGAUCUAGCGCACCCGAUGCUGCUCAAGAUAAUGCUGUAGCAGCCCAAACUCAAGAGAAGAAUCAGUUCGGCGAACCAAAUUGUGGCUUCCAAGUCAAGAGCUUUACCAACUGCAUGGAUGAAAACCAAGGAAACAUGUCAAUUUGCAAUUGGUAUUUGGAGCAAUUGGUAUGGGCAAACGUACAUUCUUUUUGGGUCUAUAUCAUACUAACAGUAUUUUACAGAAAGCGUGCCAGAACACAGCAAGCCAAUAUUAAGGAGGAUGGAUGUAUGAUAGAGGAAUAGCAAUAACUCAAAAUAAUGAACCACUCUACCCUGAUCAUUUGUCGAACGUGUGAGAAAGGAUUAUGCCCGCGUUGGAUAGCACAUGCAGAGUGUUCAGUAGCUGUUCUUUUGUUCUAUGUUUGAAAAUUUGAAUGCCUGAAGCGUCAAAAC